AGAGCCUCUAUAGGAUGCUUUCUACAGCGGUCUGGAGAAAUCGUUCGAUGACGGAGCUUGGAAUUAGAUAAAAUAUGCUCCGAUUUCUUUUGGUUCGUCAUGAUAGUUCUUCAUGAUAGGAAUCUUUAGAUUCUAUCUCCAACAUAACAUAAUAGUUGAUCAAUAUGGCUGAACCACAAUCCACCCCUGAGAGCGUAUCGCCACCUAACCAUGAGCAACAUCCUUCUACCCAAAGUAGGAACUCAAGUGCUCCGGAGAGAUCUCUAGUUGUCCACUCGCAGACGCAGAACUCGGGGUUUUUCUCUAAGUUUCGUUACCAUUUAUUUGUAGCUGGGUUUGCAUUUCUCCUUAGCCCCUUUGCCUUCUUAUGGCCAGGCCAAUCGCCAGUUGACCCGACGAAUUAUGCGGAACGGACUAGGAGAGUCCUUAAGUCAACGCCUUUGAUUGAUGGCCACAAUGAUCUUCCCUGGCAGCUGCGUAUAGAGUUGCAUAAUCGUAUCUACGAUGGCGAGUUUGACCUCACCAAGAGACUUCUUGGCCAUACAGAUAUCCAGAGAAUGAGAGCUGGAAUGAUGGGUGGUCAGUUUUGGAGUGUAUAUGUGGAAUGUGACGCUCGCCAACAGAACUUUGACGAUCCUUCCUGGACGGUGAGAGAUACUCUGGAGCAGAUCGACAUCACUAGGAGGUUCAUCAAUGAGCAUCCUCAGCAUCUUCAGUAUUGUGACACGGCAGCUUGCGCACGGAAGGCUUUCAAUUCGGGCCGAAUUGCUAGUAUGAUUGGAAUUGAAGGCAGCCACCAAGUAGGUGGAAGCAUCGCCAGCAUACGGCAGAUGUACAAUCUGGGCGCGCGGUAUAUCACACUUACUCAUAACUGCGAUACCCCCUUUGGGACUUCGGCGUUUACAGUAGUGACUACCGGGGGACCAGAUGGGGGCUUAUUCAAAUUAGGAUACGAAGCUAUUAAAGAGAUGAAUCGACUAGGCAUGAUCGUCGAUCUGUCGCAUGUUUCCCACCAGACGAUGAGAGAUGUUCUGAGUGUAGCACGCGCACCGGUUAUAUUUUCGCACUCGGGUGCUUACAGCGUGACACCACAUCUUCGGAACGUACCCGACGAUGUGCUUAGGACUGUCAAGCGCAACGGGGGCAUUGUCAUGGCAGUAUUCGUCAAUCGUUUCAUCAAGAUGAACGAUCCCGACCAGGCGACCAUUCACGAUGUCGUAGACCACAUCUUCCACAUCGCGGAAGUCUGUGGCUGGGACUGCGUCGGGGUGGGCAGUGAUUUCUCUGGUACUCGGUUCACACCAAUUGGGCUGGAGGAUGUUUCUAAAUUUCCAGACCUCGUUCAGUUAUUAAUGGAGCGCGGCGCUACAGAUGAGCAGGUCCGCUUGUUUGCGGGCGAGAACAUUCUUCGCGUCUGGUCAAAUAUCGAGCAGGCAGCUCGUGAAAUCCAAGCUACCGGGGAAAAGCCAGUGGAGGAGGAAUACGAGGGGAGGGAGUGGAAUAAAGGACUCAGAGACUCGCCGUGGAUGCUAAGGGGUAGCAGGGAGAAAGCCAUAUUGGCCGGUCCAGUGGAUAAACCAUACUCUUUCGAAGAUAAGGAGGGAAAACGAAUUAAGGGAGUGUACUAAGGCAAUGGAAGCGUAAUAGUGGAUCAUGUUAAGGAAUGGGGAAUUUUUUGAGCAGCUCAUUAUAUUUGUCAAACUGUCGUUAAAUGUGCACUUCCUCAGGUCGGUGUAUGCCAAUAAAAGUCCUGCUUACUGUUGAUUGGAAGUUUUUCGUACGGCUAGUUGGAGGCCAACCGUCCAUACCUAUACGUUGACUUUCGGCAACCUUCGAAAUUGGAUAAUCAGAGUUGGGUCCUCCCAGAACUGUCAUCGUCGGGAGCUUAAGGCGUUAGUCAGUUGGUUGCGACUGUAUGUUAUUUCCGGGUUAUGAACGAACGACACUAGACGACCUAGUUUCGACACCCGUACUCUGCCGGCUGGUUUUGUUUCUUGCUUGUCAGGACGGGGGAGACGAAGCAACCCCUAUACCGUCCUAUUUGAAUGCAUAGAUAGGUAUGUUUCAAGUUCUACCCUAAUAUGAACAUUGGCGGUCUAUUAAGGGGUUAGAUAAGAGUGUCUAGGAAAUCGGAAGUCCUCAGGUACAGUGCACUGUCAUUUGAGGAAUAAUGAUAGCAUGGUAGAUAUGAAGAACGUUAGAGAUGUCGUGAUUGUGGGGUUGUAGUGCGCAAGUCAACUUCAAGGACGGCUACCCCAAGGGCGCAACGGUGUGACAUCGGUGCGUGCUCGAGAUAUUGA